CCGAGAUUUGGAAUAUUACGUUAUAGUCCUACAGGAAGAUGGCGACUGUCAUUCAUAAUCCUUUGAAAUCGCUUGGCGACCAGUUCUACAAGGAGGCCAUCGAACACUGUAGGAACUACAAUGCCCGACUCUGUGCAGAGCGCAGCGUGCGCAUGCCCUUCUUGGACUCACAAACCGGUGUGGCACAGAACAACUGUUACAUCUGGAUGGAAAAGCACCAACGUCAGCCAGGCCAGGCAGCAGGACAGAUGUAUACCUACCCCGCUCGUUGCUGGAGAAAGAAGAGGCGACUCCACCCUCCCCUGGAUCCCCAGCUCCGCCUGUGUGAGCUUCGACUAGAAGCAGAACUGGCUCCAAAGCGUGAGGGGGCACCGGGGGAGGCCACAGCCCUGGAGGCCCUACUAAGGGGGGACAACCUGCUGGAGAAAAAAAACAACCUCAGUAAGGAAGAUGAGACAUUGCUAGAAAUACAGAGAGUACUUGAGGCAGAGGAAAAUGGGGAUGGCUUCCAUGACGAUGAAGACUUUGAACUCGAUACUCCGAAGAGAAAGAACAGAAACAGAGGCAAAAACCGAGGCUCGAGCCGCAGAAGGGCAGAACCCGUUAACAUCGAGGACCAGGAUAAACCUUAUGUCUGUGACAAUAGAUACAAACAAAAGUAUAACUCAAAAAAGGCUGAAGAAGUGUGUGGAAAGCGCUACAAGAACCGGCCUGGCUUGAGCUACCAUUACACACACACUCACCUGGCAGAGGAGGAGGGAGAAGAGGAGAAGGAACCAGAGAUGGCUCCGUCUUCUCCUCAGAGUUCAGAGAACCAUAAACCUCAAAAGGGCCCUGAUGGUGCUGUUAUCCCCAACGACUACUGUGACUUCUGCCUGGGAGACCAGGACUCCAACAGGAAAACAGGACAAGCAGAGGAGCUGGUGUCCUGCUCUGACUGCGGACGUUCUGGUCAUCCGACAUGUCUGCAGUUCACUGAGAACAUGAUGCAGGCCGUCAGGACAUACCAGUGGCAGUGCAUCGAGUGCAAGUCCUGCAGCCUCUGUGGCACCUCAGAAAAUGAUGACCAGCUGCUGUUCUGCGAUGACUGUGACAGAGGAUACCACAUGUACUGCCUGAAGCCACCGAUGACCCAGCCUCCUGAAGGAAGCUGGAGCUGUCACUUGUGUUUGGACUUGUUAAAAGACAAGGCCUCAGCCUAUGGAGAAGCAUAAAGGACACACAUUUUUUAAAGCACAUGUAAACACAAUAUAUAUAUAUUUGUACAGAUGCACUUACUGUUUGACAUAUACUUUCUCCCAGAUACAACCCAACACACACACACACACACACACACAAUACCCACAGAUACACACUCCGGUGCAUUAGCAGGCUCAGGGCUUAGUUUCCCGUGUGAGGCUCAGAGAUCCUCUACCUCUCAUAAAGCCAAGCAACACUCACAGAUGCAAAUGCCAUACGGCAUCUUAAGCGUAAGUCAGCUAACAGCAGAUCUGCUGUUCCCUCGUUUCUCUACCUCACCUCUCAGCAGACAGCAAAAAGCAAAAGCAAGAUUGAUAAUGGCCAAUACGGUGUAGAACAUGUGCAUGUGAAGUACACGUUUAUUUUAACUGCAUUUCUGCAUGUUUUCCCCCCUGAUUUGGAUUUAUUUGAGUAUGAUUUGGAAGGUGUUUCUCCUAAAGUAUUUGCUGAAGCUGCAUCACUUCCUUCCCUUGUAGCUUAAGUUCUCCAGUGGGGGAACCUUGAGUGAGUUUGACUAAUGUUUGUUUAGAUUUCUCCUUCCAGCUCUACUCCUCUGCUAUGUUUAGACUUUACAGUGACAUUCCCACUUUACAUCUGGACAGACUCAGUAUUAGUUAUGCCAUCUUUCACAGGUUUUGUCAAGCUUGGUGAAAUUUAUAUCCUGCGUUAAGAGGAAAUGGGGCGAUAAAACAGCCUCCACUAUCAUUCCCUUUGGAGCGUAGUGACUUUAUAGCCACGUCUGUUUUUCUGUAUUCGUUCAGUUACCAGGAUACUGUGGUGCUCAGUAGGACACCUUACUAAUGGUGAAAUACUUUAAAAAGUAGAAUUAAAAAAUUAUUCAUCUAAAUUUCAUCUGUAAAUCUGUGGUUCCCAAACCUUUUCUAUCACCUACUUCCCAGCCAAAUUAUAGACUGAUUGCAUUUUAUUAAAUAAAUACCUGAAAUUUCUCAUUAAAAAUAAAAUUUUACAUCUUCAGUGAGCUAAGAAUACAACUUCAUACUUUAUUUGACUGACAUGUCAAUGAGCCAGAGCUACAGGUUUUCUUCUCAGUAAAUUUUGACAUUAACCUGAAUAUCGUUAGCCUUGCUAGCAUCAGAGCGCACUUUUGUUCUUUAAACAAUUCCUUAUUAAUCCUUCUGUUUUUUAUAGUUAAUUUGAAGGGAACGCUUGCAGUGGUAGAUUCACAUAUCACAGUUUAAACAAUUUAUUUUCCUACACUUUUGCUGAAUUUGGUUUUUGUCUGAAAAAAUAACUUCACUAGCAGCUGCUGCUAGCCAGCUAUUUCAUGCUAACUCCAUGAGUUGAUUGAACGUUUUAAGCUAUUCAGCCCACUCAUUUUAAAAGAAAAAACACCAAAAAAAGGGUUUAAUCAAUACCAUCAUGCCUACAAAGCCACAACUAAAACACUGAAGCUAAGCUAUCAAUUUAUUUUGACAUAGAAGGUAAAUGGAUAUGUUACUAAUGACAAUAAUGAACAUCUUCUAUUUAGGAGCAAGGCUUAAUUAAAAAUGAUUUCUGUGAAAAAGGUUCAAUAACUAGCAUUGUGAUUUAAGCCUCUAACCAUACAUCAUAUCUUUAAUUGGAGAUUGAUUAUAACUCUUCAUCAGACAGCAAUCCAAUCCAUUUCUUAUUAUACUCAAGUCUUUCAGUGUUGCCUGUCCGGUUAAGUGCUUAGAAGUCCAAUGCUGUGGACUGGUCAGCAGUAAGUAGUUGCUCUUUCUAAGCUUUGAUGGAACAGCCUUUAUUUUUUGAAAAAUGUUCAGCUUUUAUUGUUUCACUCUAACUACCCAUACAUACACAGGUAUUUUGAUAAACAUAGCCUUUUCUAUGCAUUUUGACCUUUCAUCCAAGGUACUGAAAAUGGGAGCUUCGUCCAGGGUGAAGAUUUUCAAAAAGUCACGUUUCUUAGUUUUUUUCCAGAUUUUGUCCACUCUUAUCAUCUUUUUUUUUAUAUCAGACUUUGCUUUCUGCUAGUUUUUUUAGGCUCCAUAUUGUCUAACAUUUCUAUAAGGUCAGGUUUAUACCAUCACCUGUUGCUUUGGCAGCAUGCUCUUUCAUUUGGGUGAAGACAUCUUUCAAAAUGAACAUCCAUAUAGAGGGCCUUUCCAACAGUUUGGGAACCACUCGUGUAAAUUUUCCAAUGCAACGUGUUUAUAAUGAAACCUUCAUACAUUAUUAUCUCUCAAGGAAGCAGCAUAUACUGUUGUGUCCUGUGUUUUGUAUGCAGUUAAAAACAGAAUAUAUUCUGGGAGUGCUGCAUUUGUACAGCUGUGUGAAUAAGGUUAAUGUUUACUUGGUUCCAUGUUAGACUGAGCACUAAAAUCUGUGAAAACUGUUUAUAUUAUGAAAAAAAGUUGACUCUCAAAAACGAAACACCUCAAGAGAAGAAAUGAGAAAAAGAGAAAAUGAUCCUCAAAGUACACAUAGUGUGCUUCUCCUGACAGGAUAUCACAUUUUGCAUUUGUGUUUUGUGUUAUUAUGUGUUUGUAUUUGAUAACACGUUUCCACUGACAAUCAUGAGGUAGCAUAGACACAUUAUUAACACACUGAGGGUUUCACUGUGCUUUUCUCUGGUGAGUUUUCAAUAUCAUUUGCGUCUUCCUUACACAAAUGUCAUGUACGGUGUUUUUGGGUGGGGAAGAGGGGGUGAUGCCAUCAACUACAGUGAUCCAAAUGUGUGAUGUUUUGUUAAAAUAAAUGUUUCAUUAUUGUGUUAAAAUAAAGAGCUUGAUUCUUGUUUGCUUGUAUAUUAAGCAUAUAAUGAAAAUAGCCCGGUCAGUAGCAGACAUGUUUCCAAUUUCUCCUGUGGGAAUACUCUCUCAUUCCAGUGAACUGUUUUACAUAAACUGACAAUUAGACAUUGAAGUACUAGCCAAGAUGACUGUGUCUAAUAUGAACAUGUCCUCCCCAUCACAUACUGCUGCUUUCCUGUCUCUCACCCUCUGUGUAUGAAUACUCUACGGUGAGCAGUGACAGAAGAAUAAACUCAUUUUCCAGUAGUAUCAAAUGAAUGCUCACCUUAUGAAAUCACUUUCCACUCUCAUCAAUGAUUAUAUUAUAUAGAUAGAUAGUCAUAUAUUAUAGAUCCGUAUAGUCAUUGCUAGAAAUCUUACUUGGUAGUAUUUACAUUUUUUUUACCACUAGGUACCAGUAUUGGUCUGGAGUUGAACUCUGGAUUUACGCUGCAGUAGACUACUCAUUGUUGAAUUCAUGGAACACUUAUUUCUUUAGAUUUAGGCAUAGGUCAAAAUCAUUGAGAAUUUGUUUUAAAUGAGAUCAGAUCGUGAGAUCAUGCUUGAGCUAAACUAUAAACCCAUCUAGCAGAGCUUUUUUUUUUUUUUUUUUUUAAAUCAUAUCCUUAAUUAAGUAGUAGAAGUAGCUGUAC